AUGGAAAAGCGUCAAUCUAAUCAACAGGGCUCGUUCGUAGGCCACAAGGAACAACAAACCAGCAGAAGUUCUCCGCGAGGGUCCAGCAAGAUCUGCAGCAAGAUCUGCGGCAACUACUGCGGGAGCAACCCAGAAUACACACUUCAACCAUAUCGCGUUAGCACAUUACUCGACUCUAGCUUCUCUAUUGCUUUUUGGCAGAUCUUCCACUUUUCUUUAAGCACGACACCAUCUGGCUUAGAGGUUUAG